GGAUCAGCUGCAAUGCUACCUCCACUGUGCACUUCAAUAAUGAGACCGAGUCUUUGCUUGUUCCCGCAAUAUCUAUUGUUGUUUGUGAAGACACCCGUUUUCAUUGCUAUGUCAGCAUUUGACCAAAUCCAGAUAAGGUUGAACUUAUUUCGUGAGGACGAAGUGUGCUUGGUUAGCCAAAACUGCACCGAUGACCGGAAGGAGGCAAUGCAAGAAUUGAGAUGGGAUGUAUUAGCUGCACUGCCGAAAGCUCUUCCAUUAUUUAGGGGCAUGUGGAUUACAAGUUGUAUCGCCCAUGAUUUGCCUUACUUUUCUACGCUGAAAAUCAUAGGGAACAAGACCUUUGCUGAGGUAUUUCAUGAUUGGUACUAUGACUGCGAUUACUUGCAAGUAAUCGAUACAUCUAUGGAGCCAAGAAAUUGUUCAGCAUAUGGGAUAAAUCCUCAAGCACUGAAAUACUGAAUUGAUACAUGCAGAAUGAUGUGAUAAAGUUAGAUGUUGGCAGGCUUGAAUUGUUGUAUUUGAAUUUAUACAUGCAAAGUUUGAUAUGAUCAAUGGUUAAAUAGUUUGAUUACUGAGUAAUUUGACAUCAAAAUAGCUCAUAGUUUUAACUUACCUAAUAUAAUUGAAUCAACUGAUUUGAUUUGAUUUUAUUUUUUGAUAUUAUUUAGUUCGUGGAUU